AUGGCAAACAAAGAUCAUAGUCGAUGUUUAGUAUGUGAUGAUGUUUCAAUUGGUAUUAAUUUUGGCGCAUCAACAUGUAUGCCAUGUAAAGCUUUUUUUCGACGAAAUGCAGUUAAACUGGGUACCCAAGAAUUUAUUUGUGAAGGUGAUGGUGAUUGUAUAAUAACAUAUAAAUAUCGUCGUUUAUGUAAUUGUUGUCGUUUGGCAAAAUGCUUUCGUGUUGGAAUGAAAAAAUCAUUAAUUCUUUCUGAUGAGAAACGUGAAGCUCGAAAUAAACUCAUAGCAAUGAAUCGUCUCAAACGUCGCCAAAUAGCUAAACCACAAUGUCUCACAUGGGUAUGUAUUAAAUAA